CUAUUAGGCACACCGAUUGAUUAUUGAGAUUUGCCGCUAAUUUAUAUUAGUGUUCUUUUCUUUUUCACGGAUCCCUUCGGGUGUUUGUUCCCCAAUUUCCCGUCUCAAAUGCUCGACAUUUCUUUCUACUCGAUUCGAUAGCCCUAUGUCUAUAUUCGUUCAUCGUCCUUACCUUGCUUAUUUCAGAGCUUUAAUUAUUGGGCUUAUCCUCCCUUCAUUUCGGAGGUCUGGAUCGUAAUCGACUCCACUCCUUAUACCAAUGUUCGUAUUUGGUCUGAUUCAAUGUAGUUAUUUUCACAAUGUCGUUUGGACAUAUGUUUCAAGACAUAAUGUACUAGCCAGAACGCCCACUAUUGGGAAUAAACGAGAGCAAUUGGAAGGCUCCCAUAACCACCAGAACAUAGCGUACUACUUUAGUGUUGAUCACAAUGGGAACUACGAUUUGCAGUAUUCCAUCAAGUAUGAAGGCUUUUGUGGUAUUCCUAUUAAAUAGCAAGAAAGUAAGAGCCAGACAUGAACUCAACUUAAAAUAUAUCAAAAUCAAAUCUGAAUCAGACAUAUUUCCAGUUUUGCGUUCGAUGGAUAUGGAGUUUUCCCACAGUACAUAUUUUGUUGUUGUUAACGAUGAAAUAAGGGUGAAGAACAUGUUAGGAAGCUCUUUAAAAUACACAGUUGUUGAUAACAUAGAUCAAUACUUGAAUGUUACAGUGUAUUCCGCCAACAAACUACCUGGCUUCGAUGUUGAAAUAGCAAAAAACACCACUGAAGCUUAUGAACUUGAAAUGCAAAAAGACCAUAUAAGCAGAAAAGGUUACUUUUUGUAUGUUAACACUGAUCGUGGCUUCAUAUACUGUGUUUGUAUUUCAAGAAAUCACGAGUUUUCCGAUCUGUUCGAAUUCUCUCAAUUGGACGACAAUCUAACAAUUGCCAUUAUCGAAGCGAAUCGUAAAGAAUUUGAUGACAAGCUAUACAUUGAUCUAGAAAUCGAGUCUUUAAUUUUUCAAUACAUCUAAUUAUGCAAACAGUUGAUUGUGAAUGCAUUAAUCUUUAAUUAGCUGGUAACUGCUGUGAAUCCCAGCGUAGUUCAUAAAAUACUAAUUUGGGUAUUCUGGUGAAUGCCGAGGACAGCAUCUUACACCACAGUAACAACGGGUAGAUUUGGUCACGAGUUUCGAAGUCUAGUCUCAACCACCCUCCCCGUGGAGACGACUAACUCCUGCUUUGUUUUCCCACCAUGCCC